AUGCAGAUUAUCAAAGUGAGGCAAGGAUGUUUAAUGGAAUGGAUAAGUUGGAUCGGGAUGGGACAAGAAAUUGCAUCAAAUUGUAAAUCUACGAAGAAACAGCAAGCGGGGCUUCUAUCUUCAGAAGUGGCUGCACAAUGUGCUCAAUUUCCUCAAUCGUUUCUGUCUUCACUGGUGAUUCUUCAUCUGGUUUCUUUUCUGGAGACUCCUCUGGCUGCCAUCCACCUUGCUGUCUCUCUUGUUCCUUCUUCUGAAUUGUCAUCUUCUGUUGUUCUUCAAGAAGUUUUUGUAGUUGAGACAUCGCAUGAGGAUUGGACAGCUGAUGUUGCAGCAUACUCAUAUGAGCUGGCAUUUGUUUUUCAGCAGGAGCUGGUGACACCUUCUUCGUUGACAAUGCUUUCGCUAUUGACUCAAUUGAUGCUCUCGGUUUGUUGUUAUGUGGAGGAACUGGUGUACUUAUUGAGGUGUACUGAUUAUCUUCAUGAGCCGUUGACGUUCUUCAUCAUUGAGCUGAAGGAGCAUCCCUUCUGUCUCCUGAGAUUGAGUGCCAUCUUGGACAACAUCUUGAUCAUCUCGAAGAUAUGGAUGAUCUUCAAGACGAGUGAGCAGUGA